AGUUUAACUUCCUGUCUCCAGCUGCUCUGUGCACACAGGCUCAGAACCACCAGGCUGCUGACACACACACACACACACACACACACACACUCAGAGAGCAGCCUCAGCCACGGAGAUGAAUGAAACCAGUCUGUGGUGAUCGUGAAGGAAUAAACCUGCAUCAGAUCUGUCCUGUGUUGGACCAUGACCCCGGCUGCAGCAGCAGCUGAUGCUCAGGACCUCACACACACUGCCACUCUCUGCAACUUCUCCUCCAGGCUGGAGGAGCUCAGAUGAGGAGGACACACUGAAGCUUUUUUCCACCCAGCAGACCAGAGGUGCAUAACAGGAUGAUAUCAGUUCUGUCUGAGCAGAGUAAACUGCAGGUGAUGCUCAGUCCUUCAGGUGUGUGAUGGUGUGUGUCGUUCUCUGCAGUGGAGACGUCGAGGUGCUCAUCAUGUCCCUGUGGAUGAUCCUUCCUGUCAGCCUGCCUGUCUUCACCAUCACUGGGAUAUGGGUCGUAUAUGCGAUGGCCCUGUACAACCAGCACGUCUGCCCCGUGCAUAACUGGCUUUACAAUGAGUCGUGUGAGGAGCCGCUUCCUCUCCAGAGAGGUCCAGUCCUCUGCUGCACUCUGGACAACGUACCGCUCAUCAGUAAAUGUGGAACGCUGCCGCCUGAAAGCUGCUUUUUCAGCCUCAUAUGCAGCACUGGCUCCUUCAUGGUGAUGCUGAUUGGCCUGCUGCGUUACGCUCACGUCAUAGAGAAGCACCAGAACUGUGUCCUCAACACGGCCGGCCUGUCCACAGCGUGGAUCUGUGCCGCCGGUCUCAUCAUGGUGGGAAACUUCCAGGUGGAUUUUGCCAAAGUCCUGCACUAUGUUGGAGCCGGCGUGGCCUUCCCCUCCAGCAUGCUGUUUGUAUGUCUUCAGUCGGCUCUGACCUACAGACUGGCCAAGACCCAGGAGGAGUACCGGAUAGGUCACCUGCGUGUGGGGAUGACCCUGAUGGCACUGAUCGCCCUGGUGCUCAGUGGAGUUUUCUUUUGCCAGGAAAGCUUCGCCCUGCAGCACACCUCCGCCAUCUUUGAGUGGGUCUACUGUAUGCUCAUCAUGCUCUUCUAUGGGACCUUUGCCUUUGAGUUCGGGGGCAUGUCCGGGGACACCUUGAUGGUGCUGUCCAGAGGAGGAGGGCUGCAAAGCUUCUCCACCUCUGGACACAAGACGGAGGUGGGUGGCAGCUCCAACCACCACCAGCCAGAGAACUUUUCAAUGCUGUAACCAUACUGUAGCGAGCUUCAGCGCCCCUGAAGGUCAAAGGGACGAUCUGGAAGACACCAACAUGGAGUCUAGAAGCUGGAGGCUGCACAUCCUCACGCUCACUAUCGCACACAGCCAUGGUGCCAAAGCUCUUCUGCUCAGCAGCGACCAAAGACUGACAGACUUUACAGACUUUUAUCCUGCUUUGCUAAAGCGUGCAGGCUACGACUGCAAAACGUUGCACAAUACUAUAAGUGCCUUUCUGAGCACUGAAAGAGACACACAUGUGCACACACACGCACACAGCCCUCGCUGUUUGUUUUAACUCUGUUAAUGUAACAAUCACUCUCUGCAUUCUUGGCUGAGGUUGCCUUUUAUCAGACUGAGCGUCCUGAAAGGGCCUCAGAUGCAGUGGCGUCAGUUUGUUUGCAUGUUAAGAUGUUCAGACACCGAGCUCCAUAUUGUUUUUAACUCAGGAAGUUUUGUUACACAAUCAACUUUCACUCCUUACCUCACUAGUAAGGUGGAGUUCUCCAAAAAAGUUUGACAAUAGAUGGACUAAAGGUUACUCAGUGCCAAGAAUAAUUCAUUUACAGGUUCUGUCUGUAACUGUUUUUUAUUUUCAGUGGGUGAACAGGUUCUGACAUUACUUAAAAAAUGAGACUGUCCCCAACUUUCUCAGUUGCCUCUUGCAGCCUGUGCGCUGACUUCUAGGUAAAAGACUCGGGACCUGAUGCACAUUCCCUAGUGCCUUGCCUCUCUUCAUCUUCACUACAGCGCUAACAGUGUGCAACAGUAGCUAAUGUUAGCCAAGAAAUGGAGUCUGCUAACUUCAACAAAUGACGUGCACCCACAGCGGCGGCCUGGUGGAGAUGGAUCUUCACUUAGCACCCUGUAGCAACUUGAAUUCAGACAGGACAAAACCUUAUUGUUGCAGCUUCAGGGGUCUGAUCUCACACUGCCCUCUCAACUGCCCCAACUCCCUGCCGGAUAAGCAAACUUUCUGUUGCUGCCAUUACACAGGUAAGACCCAGUGCAGCUGCUGGCUGCCAGCCUUUUGUGAAUCCCGAGGUUGGGGGUUUGCGCUAACUGAAUUUAAGUUGCCACAGUGGCUAAGGUCUGAGCUGCAGUCUGCUCUUGUCCAGGGAAGUAGUGUCCUCGUGGCAGAAGUGAGGCUGAUGGUCCACCAGCUAGCUAGUUCUUGACUCAUUUGUGAAAUUAUAAGAAAGAAAUUACGUUAUGAGGCAACCAAUGCUUAGUUACAGCUAGCUAGCUACCUUAGCUUGCUUGUUCACUAACAUUAUCACCAGCAAAAUACAAUCUGAGUGGAUUUUUUAGUUGGCUAGUUUGCCAAAUUACUUCACCAGCCAAUGUAAUUCAUUAUACUAACUUAUGUAUAGUGACAACCUGUGUUGAUUUAAUCAACAAUUAAAGAUUGUUGAUUCAAGUGCUUUCUACGAGCCAAAAGUGAUGCAGUACAGGCCAAGAAGUUAACCUGAGCUGAUGUUAGCUGCUAGCUAGCUGUAACUUAGCUAAUCUACAUGGUUGCUCAAUGUUCUUAAAGUUUCAUAAAGAACCUUUAAUGUUGUUUAUUUUUGUAUGUCCAUAUGUUGAACUAUUUUUAGUUUUUUAUCGUAUCUACAGAAAUAUUUUGUUCAACUCUUUACGUCGCCAACGUCGCCCAAGUAGUUGUCUCAUACUUUCCUCAAAUAAGCUCUGUUGUAUAUUUUAUUGUAUCAGCUCUGCGCCAAAAGAUGUUGUAUCGUUGCUCUCGGUUUCAGUGGGACCAAACUAUUUGUAUCGUCAUGCUGAUAUUUGAUAUUUGAUCAUAUGCAGAAAUACUUUUAAAGAACAUGAAGUUCAACAAUGUAUACAGAUGACAAAAGAAUUAAAGCGAAUAUGGAAAAAUGACGAUUUCUUUAUU